AUGAAAUCAGCCAAUCGCAUCAUUCGUCACGUGAUUAAACACAAAGAACUGAUUCCCUCCUGGGAGGCGUGGAAGGAAUACCAUGGGUGGACAUACACAGAACCAGAAGAACCAUUCAGAAGGGACAUCUGGGAACAAAAUUUAAAAUACAUCAGAAAACAUAAUUUAGAGCAAAGUCUUGGAAAGCAUACAUACACGUUACAGAUGAACAAAUACGGUGCUAUGGGUAAGUGUAGAUCUUGUUGGUCAUUCAGUGCUACUGGGGCUUUGGAAGGUCAGAUAUUCAAGAAAACUGGUAAACUACCAGAUCUGAGUGAACAGAAUUUGGUAGACUGUUCCACAACACAGGGUAAUGCUGGAUGCAAUGGUGGUUCAAUGGAUCAAGCAUUUGAAUAUGUAAAAGUCAAUAAUGGUAUAGACAGUGAAGAAUCUUAUCCAUAUGAAGGCGUG